UAUCAUCAUUUGGACUCAAUUUCCCAUGAAAUCAUACCUACAAAUAGUCUCUAUGUGAUUAAAUUUUGAAGAAUUUCUGCCCAAAAAGCCCAAAAGAAUCAAUUUUUAUGUUACCAUUAUCAAGAAUGAAGUCACUCCUUUCCCCAGUACUUUCAAGACCUACCAUGUUUGUAUGCAGGAGAUAUGGGGUUCUUAGUACUUUCAAGAACCUUAAUUCUGCUCAAACAAUGAACCCCAUGAGUAAAGUUUCUUCCUUUAGGUGUUCUACUGUGCAAAACCAUAAUCAAAUUCGGGUCUUGAAUAGUGAGGCAUCGGGUUCGAGUUCUGGUUCUGGUGAGGUUCAUGUGAUUGUGGGUCCUAUGUUUGCUGGUAAAACUACUACUCUUUUGAAGAGGAUUAAGUCUGAAAGAAGCAAUGGCAGAAGUGUAGCAAUUUUAAAGUCAGACAAGGAUACAAGAUAUGGGUUGGAUUCCAUUGUGACACAUGAUGGAGACAGAUUACCAUGCUGGCCUUUAGCUAAUCUAUCAUCAUUCAAACAGAGAUGUGGUCCUGAAGCAUACAGUAAGUUAGAGGUCAUUGGCAUUGACGAAGCUCAGUUUUUUGAGGAUCUAUAUGAUUUCUGCAAGGAAGUUGCUGAUCAUGAUGGCAAGAUUGUGAUAGUUGCUGGGUUAGAUGGUGACUAUCUAAGAAGGAGCUUUGGUUCAGUCCUUGACGUUAUACCAAUUGCUGAUUCCGUGACCAAACUUACUGCCCGAUGUGAACUUUGUGGUGAACGUGCUUCUUUCACCUUGAGGAAGACAGAGGAGACGAGAACGGAGUUGAUUGCAGGAGCAGAAGUAUAUAUGCCCGUCUGCCGCAAGCAUUAUGUGAGUGGACAAGUAGUCAAAGAGGCUGCUAGAAGUGUUCUGGAGUCUCAGAAAGUUGAAUGCAGCUCUAUUUUGUAAUGUCUCAGCUCUAAGUACAUAGGCCAUUGUCUUAGAAAUAUUAACCAACUAUUGUACUUCCAAGUUCCAAGUCUGUCAACUGGCCAAGCCUUUCUGCCGGUGGAAGGUCUCUAGUAGAAUUAUCGAGGUGCGAGCAAGUUGGCUCGAACACCAUAGUUGUAAAAGAAAAAUACUAUUGUACUUUCAAGUCAUAUUUUGGGGCUAGUUGCUUCCUCAGAGUGAUGAA